AUGCCUACGUGCUCUGUUUUGAUUCGCUGUGCACUGUGCGUCGGAACGGUGCUACUGGCCACGGUUGUGACGGUGGCACUGGGCAGCAAUGGCCAACAGCAAUUACCGAAACUGCCGGAAGACGCGUCGGCCCCCGUCGAGCAGCUCCCAUUCUGUGCCGAAGAUGUGCCCCAACAGCGUGACCUUAACGAUGGAUUGGUUUUCGUCACAACGUUGGACGGUAAAUUGUCUGCCCUGGACAUGCUGAACGGGGGUGUAGAACGUUGGAGUAUCCAAACUGGCCCAGGACCGCUACUUUCCUCGAGUAUUCACCGUCUAGAACUGACGAACAAUGGAAAAUGGGUUCGCAUGAUACCGUCGCUCGGUGGAAGUUUGUACAAGUUUGAUGGCGAUUCUAUCGAACCUAUUCCAUUCAGUGCAGAAGAUUUGCUCAAAUCUUCAUUCAAAUUUUCUGACGAUCUGGUUAUAUCUGGCGGCAAGGAAUCGCGUUCGUAUGGCGUGUCUAUGCAAUCCGGUCAACUGAUUUAUAUUUGUACGAUGCAAGGGUGCAAAAAUGCGACAGAAUUAGCGAUGGAAUCGACUGGAGAUGGCAAGUACGGGCCGCCCGAAGAUGAUCGACCGUCCGCUGGAGCUGGUACACUAGAUCCAAUGCAGGAAGAUGUACUCGUUAUUCGACGACAGACACAAACGGUCAGAGCGGUCGAAUCACGCACCGGUAGUGAACGUUGGAAUUUUAGCAUUGGCCAUCAUGAGCUGGAAAGGAUGAGCAACGAAGACUGCCGUGGAGGCAAGGAACGCCGGGAAGUGAAUCCAGUAAUACUUGAUCUCGAACUUCGGGUGAUCAUUCCGGAGGGAGUGAUCUGCGCCGUACGUAAAAGCGCACCGGGUGAGAUUGUUUGGCGCCACAAGUUUGAUGUGCCGAUUGUAAGCGCAUGGCGAACGUCGGAUAAGAAUGACGAUCAGUUGGUCGGUGUUGAUCUAUUCGAUCGUACGGACUGGUUGUGGAAUGGCAACGUGGAUGAUGAUGAAACCGAUCGACCUCCGUUGAUAAAUCCGUCUUUGUACAUCGGUAUGCAUGAGAAACAACUUUACAUACAGGAAUCGCCGACGAUGCUGAACGAGCGGGAAGAAAAAUUGCAUGACAUUGCAUUACUAACCGACGAAAGUAAACUUCCGGCAAUUCCGUGGAAACCGUUACCAGCAAGCCCUUCUGUUGCGGGUUUGCUUACAGAUGGGGACAGUUCUGGUCAAGUUGUGAAGGACGAAGACGACACUGGCGAAUCAACUGCAAUUGCACGUUCGGUACUAUACGCAUCGAACUAUAUCAAUGGAAAUGGAUUCUUUUUAGUGUAUGAUUCCGAUCGUGGCGAACAGUGCGGUCAGACUGAGGACGUGUCGAACAGUACUGAUAGUACAAAUUACAGCCAAGAUGAGCAUUCGGUAAUGGAUGCUGGAGACGAUUUGAACACAAUGUUCGAUGCACCUGUCAAGGUAAUCAUCGUGUCGAUGUGGUUCUGGUGGAAGGAAAUACUUAUCAUUUCCAUCACGACCGCAUUAAUAUUGAAUAUGAUGCUGAAGUUACGGGCGGAAAAACCACCGGUUAUGGUAGUGGUCGAACGUAAGGUAACAGUUCCAAUCCCGACUGCAGUGGAAGCAGUGGAAGAGUUCCCGCCAGCGAUACGAAUGGGUACGGUGCGCAGUUACUCGGAGUCUAGCUCAUCGAAUGGCCCACCGGCAAUAGUGGAAAAUUACAUUUCACGCUUUCGAGAUGAUUUUGAUCUGGUGCAGUGCCUUGGAAAAGGCGGCUUCGGUGUCGUGUUCGAGGUUCGCAACAAAUUAGACGAUUGCCGAUACGCUAUCAAGCGUGUGGUGCUACCGAACAAGCAGGAGUCAAAAGAUCGUGUAAUGCGUGAAGUGAAAACGUUGGCCCACUGCGAACAUCAGAACAUUGUUCGAUAUUUCCAUGCUUGGGUUGAAACACCUCCACCGGGAUGGCAAGAGCGGCACGAUCGUGAAUGGAUCGAAAGGAACUGCCUUUCGACGUCGAUCGACAUUGAAACACCGACCGAUACAUGUCCUCCGUUGUCUGGUGGAAUGACUGCAGCUACGGCAUCUUCGUUUGAGGUAGGAAUGAAAAAUUCUAGGCUUCAAACAUCGUCUGUGCAAUCGAACCUGUGGAUGCCACGGUUCCCAGAGCCAAACUUUUCCUUCUCCAAAGGAAUGGGUGAUGGACCUACGGUGAAGCGGUAUGAACAGAGCGACAGUUGUUCUUUUAUUGAGUUUCGCGCCGAGGGCGAUCAGGACAAACAACGGACACAUGAUGAUGGCGACGAUACAUCCAGCUCCGAUUCCGACGACUUAGAUGAAACGUCGGGAAUGGAAGGCAACGGAAAGCAGAGAUGGAACGAAGAAGCGGAUGUCGAUGAUUCAUUGGAUAUUGUUUUCAAAGAACCGUCCCACAGCGAAGGCAUUACCUCUAAUGGUUUAGUAUCCCAGCAUGCUGUAUCGAUUGAUGUUUCGUUCUCGCCUGAAGCUCCAUCUCAACCAGUGAUGCUACAUGGUGCCAGCAAUGGCACAAUGGAGCAGCCGGAAAAGCAGAACCCAUUCCGUAAAACACACCGUAGACCACUGUCUCUUGAUCUCACCAGUAGGGGAAAUGUGCGCUGUUUCCCCGAUGAUCCGAUUGCACGAAGCACGGUAGACCAUAGCACACUUCCUUCAUCCACUGAACAAUCGAAAGCCAAUUCUGCGAAGAGCAAUAAAAUUUAUCUCUACAUUCAAAUGCAGCUGUGCCACAAGCAAUCGCUGAAGGAGUGGCUCUGUAUGAACGGGUUCCCAUCGCGGCGAGAUAAAAUUGUGCCAAUUUUUGAACAGAUCGUUGCCGGUGUUGAGUAUGUUCAUCUGAAGGGAUUGAUCCAUCGUGAUCUCAAACCGAGCAACAUAUUCUUUUCGCUAGAUGGCAGGAUUAAGAUUGGUGAUUUUGGACUCGUGACAGAUUCGAGUGAUCUGCAGUACGAUAGCGAGAACAAUAUGCCAACCAUGGUGCCCAAUCGGCACACGCGGCAGGUUGGCACGCAGUUGUAUAUGUCGCCGGAACAGCUAAAGGGUUUGCCGUACGACUACAAAGUGGACAUCUUUUCGCUCGGGUUGAUCCUGUUCGAGUUGCUCGUUAGCUUUGGCACAGAAAUGGAACGUAUCUGCACGCUAAAAAACGUGCGUAAAAGCAAAUUUCCGGAUAAUUUUGAAGAAGAGCACCAGCGUGAGUUUAAACUACUAACGUUGAUGUUGUCUGAAACACCCAAUAAACGACCAACGACGUUUGGUAUCAAGGCUCAUCCACCGUUCAAGCGAAUCCCUUCUAACAAAUCCACCAAUGCACUGGGCGUUGUGGAUGAGACGUUGGUCGUUGAUAGCAAUCCCGGCUCUACGAAUGGAUCGUUUGAAUCGGACGAUGGUGAAGAAUGGCACUUUGAGUUGCCACCGCGCAGAAAAGACAGCCGUACUUACAGUACGUCCGGGUCCGGAUCAGGCAAUGGAUCCGCAGGCGUACCAGGCCCCAAUCAAUUGUGCUUUUGA